AUGCAAGGAGUAGUUUUGCGUAAGUCUCCAUUUUCGUGCGAUUGUAUUAGAAUUGAAUACCUUCAUUUCAGUCCACUCGUGAAUCUUCUUCGGCAGAUCAUCGAGGUCCUUGAGACUUCCAGCAUUGCCGAGGAAAGAGGAAAGGGCGCGGCUUCUAAAUUUUGGGCUGCAUACAAAAAGAUAUCUGGCGAAUAUGACGACAACAUGUUCGAGAGGUGUAAUGGCAAUAUGGAUAUAAUAAUGCUCUUCGCUGGUCUAUUCUCCGCUGUCAAUACCGCGUUCAUCAUCGCAAUGCAACCCAAUCCUGCUGAUACUACCAACGAUCUUUUGGUACAGUUUAUGCAAAACGCAUGGAACGGAUCUUCUGUCGUCCAGCCGGCCUUUUCGGCACCUGUCACUUACUCUUCUUCCAAAAUAUGGAUGCAGGUGCUUGCAUAUACGAGCCUUACAUUCAGUCUGAUUGCCGCCUUCGGCGCUGUCUUGGGCAAGCAAUGG